UUAGUUAGUUAAAAGAAUGAAAUUGGCUGAUAUUAUGACAAUACUAGGUAGCAUAGAUAUCAUUAUGGGAGAAGUUGAUCGUUGAAAUGAUAAUUGAUACAACAGAAGUACAAGAUAUCAAUUCUUUUUCCAGAUUGGAAUCUUUAAAAGAGGUCUAUGGAAUUAUAUGGAUACUUGUCCCUAUUUUGACUCUUAUAUUGGGAAUCACAAUAGGUGUGCUAGUGAUUGUAUGGUUAGAAAGAGAAAUAUCCGCAAGGAUACAACAGCGAAUUGGACCUGAAUACGCCGGUCCUUUGGGAGUUCUUCAAGCUCUAGCAGAUGGAACAAAACUACUUUUUAAAGAGAAUCUUAUUCCAUCUAGGGGAGAUUUUUGUUUAUUCAAUAUUGGACCAUCCAUAUCAGUCAUAUCAAUUCUACUAAGCUAUUCAGUAAUUCCUUUUGGCUAUAACUUUGUUUUAGCUGAUCUCAAUAUUGGUGUUUUUUUAUGGAUUGCUAUUUCGAGUAUUGCUCCCAUUGGACUUCUUAUGUCAGGAUAUGGGUCAAAUAAUAAAUAUUCCUUUUUGGGUGGUCUACAGGCUACUGCUCAAUCGAUUAGUUAUGAAAUACCAUUAACUCUAUGUGUGUUAUCAAUAUCUCUACGUGUGAUUCGUUGAGACAGAAACUUUUCCAUGCUCCUUUCUUUUCGUCUUUAUUUCUUUUCUUCUUUAUAAGAAAGGGGUAGAAAAAUUGGAAUAGAUAUCCAAAUUUUGGAUUUUCAUUAUUUUUAUUCGAAAUUCGGAUUGAUGAACUAAAUCAGAUAGUUAUAUGAGUGAAAUAAAACAGCUUCUAUUUAUUCAUUAUUCAUUGAUUUAAUAUUCUAAUAUUCGAUAUCUAAAAUAUUCUAAUUUGAAUUAUUAAUUUAAUGAAAUUGAAAUUCAAUGAAAUUCAAUAUUUAUUAAUAAAAUAAAAAAAUAGAUAUUUUUUAAUAUAUAAUAUUUAAGAAUAUAAUAAAAUAUUGAAUAUUAAUCUAAAUUAAUAGAAAAUUAUUUAAAAUUCUUAAUAUUAAUUCUAAUUAUUAAUAUAUAGAAUUAAUAUACUAUGAUUUGAAUUUCAUUUGAAUCCGUAGUAAAAAUAUUGAGUCUCAUUUUCUAUGUAUAAGAAUUAAGUGGAAAAAAAAAUGAUAAGCGGAAGAAAGCGUUUACCCCAAAAUUGGUUAAUUAAUCAUCCUGUUUUGAAGCGGGCUCCAAAGACCAACCUUAUUGAGUUUUCACUAUCGUUUGUAUGAAUUACCAUAGAUGUAUUACCAUAAGGGGAAAUUGCUAAAAAAUACGUGGAUGGUUAGAAACACCAAGAUACACAAAGGAUUAGUAAUGGAGAUUAUGUAAAUUCUCCAAAAGAGCAUUUCUGCAUAAUAUAAAAAGAAUACAAAUUGGGGCUUUAAGUUGGUAGAAAAAAUCAGGCAGUACUCCCCACAAUUCCGAUCCAGAGUAUGCUCCUAUCCACUGAUUAAAUAAAUAACUAUCAGAAAUGAAAUAAUUCUUUAAUUUUUUUUAAGUCCCUUUUUGUUUUGCACAUAAAAAAAAGAAGAA